AUGGGAGGUGGCAAUAGUACUCCAAAAUCCGAUCCAAUGAUGGAUCAUCAACCGUAUCCGGAUAUGAAUGUUAUUUUUAAAAGCAUUCCAAAAAUGUUGCAAGUUGCGGAUGAUAUGCACCGAAUGACAAAUUACGUUAUGGAUUUGCGCAAUAUGACCAUUGGUUUAGUUUGUUUGUUAAUUGUUGGGGUAUUUUUAUUUCUAAUUGUGAAACUCAGUCAGAGUCGAGGUAGUGCUUCACGUCGAAAACGUGAAUUAAAACAUCAUUUUGAGUCAUUCGAGAAUCGAUCCUUACCGCGACAUACCCAUUUUGGUGGUUAUCAUGGAUAUCUGGAUUCAUGGCAUGAUUCAAGAAGUCAGAAAGUUGAUAGUGUUGGCCCUACUGUCAUUGAUAUAGAAAAAAUUCCAAUGAAUCAAUCGCAAGAUAAUUCGAGUCACAACGGAACCACCACAACACAACUCGAAACAUCAAAUUUGCUCAACGGCCAUGCACAUAAAGUUUAA